CUAAGUAUCAAAGGUGAAACUGAAGGGAACAAUAAGGAAUAUCAAAGCGAUGUUUCAGAAAACUCUUUUACAAGAAGAGAUUUAACCAUUAUGACAGCGUGGACAGAAGAAGAAUGCAGAAGCUUUGAACAUGCACUUCUGAUUUAUGGAAAAGACUUUCAUCUCAUACAGAAAAAUAAGGUAAGAACCAGAACAGUUGCUGAGUGUGUGGCUUUCUAUUACAUGUGGAAAAAGUCAGAACGUUAUGAUUACUUUGCUCAGCAAACAAGAUUUGGAAAGAAGAGAUAUAACCAUCAUCCUGGAGUUACUGACUACAUGGAUCGUUUGGUAGAUGAAGCAGAAGCCCUUGGUGGAGCAGUACAUACUUCAGCCUUAACAUCUAAUACUCGAACAGAAAGCAUUCCUGAUCAACAGCUAAGCAUUCUGAACUCUAUCACUGCCAAUGAGUUGACAGCAUUGACAAACAGUGUAGCUACAGUCUGCCACACUUCAGAUGUGAAUUGCCUUGAUGAUGCCUUCCCUCCUAUGGACAACUUACCUCGAGCAGCAGUUAAUCAUGUGCCUGUUGGAACAGAAGAAUUACUUAACUUGCCUAGCAAUGGUGAAAGUGAUUGUUUUAAUUUAUUUGAGACUGGCUUUUAUCCCUCAGAGUUAAACCCUAUGAACAUGUGCAGUGAAGAGACAGAAAGACCUACGAAGAGAUUGAAAAUGGGAAUUGCUGUCCCAGAAUCUUUCAUGAAUGAUGUCUCAGUAAAUAACCUUGGUGUGGACUUUGAGAACCACACACACCAUAUUACCAGUGCCAAAAUGGCUGUUUCGGUGGCUGACUUCAGCAGUCUAUCUGCAAAUGAGACAAAUGGCUUUAUAAACACCCACGCUCUUCACCAACAUACAGCCCUUCACUCAGAAUGACUGUGGAAAACUAAACAAACAGUGGGUAUUUUAUGCAGUAAUAGUAAACUUGAUGGGAGCUAUCAGGUUUGCUUAGUCUUUC